AACUUACAAGUCGAAUUCUUUAUGAAGAUUCUAAAAGCUAUCGUAGUAUGAAUUGACAUGACGAAAAGAUGACCACACUUAUAUUUUCAUCCUCUUCUUUCUCUCUCCUACUUGUACUAUUUCUCUGUUCCACAGCUUUACAUAACUACGACCCCUUCUCCUCUCUAGAGAUUUUCUUCUUUCUGAGUUUAGUUGAAUUUUGAAGUUGUUUCUGUAAUUUUGCUUUAAUUUGGUUCUUCCAUCAUGAAAGGAAAAGGGGUUGAAGAAUUAGAUGAUCAAAACAGGCCAAUUGAUAGACUCCCCUUUGACCUCUUGGCACACAUUUUUGCUCUGCUUACUUGUUUCAAGGAUUUGGCUCAGACCAGUGCUGUGUGCAGGAAAUGGAGACAGGGGGUGAAAGAAUCGUUAGCUAGAAGAGAAAGAUUGAGUUUUUCUGGAUGGAAAGUGGAUGAUGAUUCAACUACUCGCCUCGUGCUUCAUGCUUACAGUCUCAAGGAACUUGACAUUUCGAGGAGCCGUUGGGGUUGUCAAAUAACGGAUCGCGGGCUAUACCAAUUGUCAUCUGCUAAAUGUGUUGGCAAUCUCUCAUCACUAUCUUUAUGGGGCACUACUGGGAUCACAGAUACAGGUGUUGUUCAGCUGAUCUCCAGAGCUAAUUCUCUGCAGCAUCUGAAUAUUGGUGGUACAUUUAUAACAGACACAUCCUUGUUUGCAAUUGCUGGUAGCUGCCCAGCCCUGAAGACUAUUGUGCUGUGGGGCUGCCGACAUGUAACUGAGAAUGGGCUUCUAGCUUUGGUAAAUAAAUGCCGCAAACUAGAGUCUAUUAAUGCAUGGGGCAUGAGGGUUACUGUGGACUGCUUUAUUGGCCUACUCACAAUUAGCCCAGCUCUACAAAUAGAACCUAAAGGAAUGCUGCCUAAUAUUGCUGUCUUUUGAGGAGCCUUUGAGUUCCUAUGGCACCUUUGUAUGAAGGAGUCAUCCACCUGGAUUCUUAUUGCAUUAUAUCUUGCGUACAGCUUGUCAAUUGUUUCAUUGAACAAUAAUGCUUUGUACGGCUUGCUUUUCUGGUUCUCCUUUGUAUUUAUUUGUACAUUGCCUGUAGCAGUGCAUCUGGAAAGAUCCUUUCUGCUAGUAAAUAUUAAAAUGCUAUUCCUCCUUGUCAAA